ACAAAGAUCGAGUAUGACCGCCUGAUUGCCACGAUUGGUAAGAAACCCCCUCCAGAGCCUGGCAUGAAGGUGCGUUGGCGGGGUGGAGGCAUCUCUUUAGCCCAGCGCAGGGACUUCAUCCAGCAGCUGCAGAGUGUGACAGGAGAGGCGCCCUCUAUACCCAUGGAGCUCAACCCUAAAGAGUUUCAAGGCUUUCACCUGGCUCUGCUCAACAAAAGCUUGAAGCCUCAGAGCUUCAGGAAUCCCUACGACAUCCCUCGCAGCCACCUCCUGGAUCAGCUGAGCCGAAUGAGGAGGAACCUACUGAACACCAGCGUCUGCGCUCUGCGAGGGCAGGACUCUGACCAGCUCCACAGUGUGCCAAUCGCUCAGAUGGGAAACUACCAGGACUUCCUGAAAGCUGCUCCCCAGCCCCUUCGAGACGCAGACCCUGAACAGCCCAAACGCCUGCACACGUUCGGAAACCCCUUCAAACUGGACAAGAAGGGCAUGAUGAUUGACGAGGCGGACGAGUUCGUGACCGGACCUCAGAACAAGGGCAAGAGACCCACAGACAACUGCAACAACAUGCCCGGCGGGGGUCCCAAGAGACGCCGCUGCAUGUCCCCUCUGCUGCGUCUGGGCAGGGCCUACACCCCACCAGUGACUCCUCCCACCAGCCCCCGACACCCAUCAGAUAUCGAUUUAAGUGAUGGCGCUCCAGAUCCGGACCUGAUCAUUAACCACCUGAACCAGAACCACUACAGCAACUCCCACUCUGAGGUGGACCCCUCGGGACCCGCCAACCUCCAGGAGAACCACACCCCUGCAGAAGCUCAGAUCCUCCAUCACCAGGAGGAGGAGGAGGAGAACGGGCGGCUGCAGGCAGGAGAGCUGCUGCCYGGCAGCCAGGGAGAGGCAGAUGUGGUGCUGAUGGAGGACCAGCACCCCCGCUACCUGACGCCCUCAGCCCUGAAGAAGCACAUUCACAGCGAGACCACAAAGGUCAACAACGAGCUGCGGGUGCUCAUCACCAAGGAGAUCAGAAAACCUGGCAGACAUUAUGAGAAGAUUUUCCUGCUCCUGAAGCAAAUCCAGGGAACUCUGGACACCCGGCUCAUUUUUCUCCAAAACAUCAUCAAAGAGGCAGCCAGGUUUAAGAAGCGAGUUCUCAUCGAGCAGCUGGAAAACUUCCUGGAGGAAAUCCACAGCAGAUCUCUGAACAUGAACCACGUGGACACGCUCUGAGACCCACUGAGCUGACGGAGAACCCAACAACCCUUCAGAAUCUCUCUGAAUCACCAUCCCUCCCCACACCCAGGUGGCUCCAGCUCUGGGGUCCUCACUGCUUCAAAGAUUCAUUCAGUUAAUCUGCAUCACCUGUUGUUGGUUUAUUCACUGUAACAAAAGUUUGUGCUGACCUUGGCUGGUGCAGGAACAGUGUCAGAUCCCUGCAGGUGGAGCCUAUGCAACCAGAUGCUUGUUUGAACGUCCAGUCCAGGCUGCUCUCUGAGCCGGUCCUUGUUCAGCUGCCUCCACCCGCUCUCGUUCUGUCGUUAUCCAACAAACAGAAGUGGAGUCCAUGAAGACCCUUCUGGAGAGGAUCAGGCAGCCUGGAUCUGAUCAGUCCUGUUUUCUGUCCCCGUGUUCGUAGAACGGUUCAGUCUUUGUUUUCUGAUAACUCAGGGUCAAAAAGGGAUCGAGUGAACGCUUUUCUCCUCACUUUUCAUUUCUUUCAGUCACCCCCCUGACCGCCCUAACCCUCCCUCUGUGGUAAGUCUUAUUUUUUCAGUUUGGAUUUGUCAGAGGAAGAGUCUGUUAGAAUUGACUUUUACACUCCACCAACCGCAGCACUCCACCUCUCAGAUCUUAAAAUGAGUUUAAUCCAGCUCUGGCGUUAAAUUAGUCCACAGGCAGACUGAUGAUUAAUGCUGUUGAUUAAUAAUUUAAGUGUUUGAUGACAAAGCGUACGUUUUUAGUUCCCUCUGUGGGAAUAAAAAGAGAAGAGUCCACUGAUUACACCUGAAGAGGGUCAAAUAAAAGUUCAGAGUGUUUUUUGGGAAAUGGGUGCAGCGUAAAUUCAUCCUGAGUGAUGCACCGUCGUUUGUGAUAAGUGUUUAAAGACAGGGAGGAAAAACAGCUCAGGAACUGACAUUAAUGCAUCAGCAAUAACAUUAAAUUCCCACCUUUAAUUAACACACACACACACACACACACACACACACUUCACCUGCAGUGGAUGACCUGCAGCACAAACCGUGUUACGACCUGAGGUUUGGGUUUCCAGCUUCACCCAGUCAGCUGGUUGCUGCCAAACAACCUGACCSAUAUGGCAAGCCCUUUGUGUAUUUAUUCAGUAUCUUUGCUGUGAACUGUCAUUGUCAUCUACUGUUUCAUGACUACACUUCUUUGCAACGUAGUGACACUUGUGUCCAACUCAUCAUAUUGGUUGUUCAAUAUAAACCCAACAGUAGUAACUAGUUAGUUAGGAAGGCUUAAAAUAUUCACUAGUCAACUAGUGMGCUAACUUGUAAGGGUUAGGUCAAAGGUCAACCAUUUUGGCUCUACUGUGUUCCACCUAGUUGUCUGGAUAAUGAGUGUAAACAAAUGUGUAAACAGUGUAGUUUGCAUAUAAACUAGUGAGCAAAAAUAAUGGAUGAGGAUUUUGAGUAAAUACACAAACACCUUGCCAUAAAACCCACCAAUAACUCCCCCUGACCUUCACCUAAAUGCACUUGUGUAAAUUUGAGAAUCUCUAUUUAAUGUAAUUUAAAAGAAAAACUAAUCUGUCUUUAUUUGUUGCAACUUUUAAAGCUUUUUUUUUUUUUCUUAAAGCUCAUCCAGCGUUCUCAAAUAUACACAAACACACAGGUCAGAAAAUGAUCCCCCUCCCACCAACCUAAGACAGGGACCAAAAUCUGCCAUACUUGUCUUUAUUUGUGAAGCGGCCGCUACCAAGAGUAUUUUGAAUACACUGUAAAGAUGUAAAUAACCCUAGAGAACUAUUUAAAACAAACUGUUCAGUGUAAAAUGGCCUUUUUGUAAGUAUUUCCAUGAAUAGUUUCUAUUUUACACUGUGAAGGGCCGUGUAAAUAAAGUGUUCUGUUAAAGAUC